AUGGCGUGGAUUUGCGGGCUGCUGGCGGCCGUGAGGCUGCAAUCCGUGCUGUUGAUAUUCCACGUAUACAACACUAUGGGAACGGGAUUAUUUGAGGAGGGGCUGAAGUCAUACCCGGUUGUGGGUAUCCCAACGGCCGACGCACGUCGGUCUGUUGGUCGUUCUUUUGACAGUCAAGCAGCUCCACGUGGUGCACUGCAUAGCGAGCGAGUUCACCUCAAUUCGGAUGGAACACUCUCAUUCGACUGUCCCAGAUCUGUAUGCGGCACCGACUUUUAUUUUGGCAGGGCACUGCAGGAAGAGGAGAACCGUCAGUCUCACAAGAAAGGGGCCGAUAAGAAUGACACGUCACGAGCUUCCAACAUGCGGGGGAUGGACGAGUCGGUGGUCGCUGGUUCCUCUGAUGGGGAGUCUGAAAAUCCUGCAACAGAGCCUUCACUUAAGGAUAUUGUACACACUACCGAUAUGACAUGGCUAGGGACGCAUGCGAAGAUGCACCAAUUGGCCUUUAUGAAGAACUCCACGUGCGGCGGGCUCUACUUUUCGCCCUCCCAGCUACCAAUUGCAACUGCGGACCUUGCAUGCUCCCUCUCCAACUUAGACAUGAACUCAGUGUAUUUAAAGAGAUUUAAUUCCCACAGGCUACGUUUGGGUCCAGGGGUGAAGCUGGUAGUCAUAAAGGUGUGCGAGACCGUACAGAGCUACCCGGAGCGACUGUUGCAAGGCUUUCCCGGACACGUCCAUCCAGACCACCCUUCUUACGUACAACUCCCGAUCUAUUCGUACUUCAGGAAGGCCGGUGCGGAGGUGGCAUUUCCGAAGGAUGCUCCCACCAUAUUCCAGCCACGCAUUUACGACGGGAACAUACCUGUAGACCGCAAGUCAUCAUCUUCCAAAUUUGACAUUUUCGCCCUUGCAGCCGAGCUUAUCUUUGGCUCAAAGGGAGAGACACAACGCCGAGCAGCUGAGUCGGGUUCAGCCGAUCCAGUUCAUAGUGCAGAGUUGGGGACGUCGCAGGAGAGCAGAAUAGGUAAGCAGCAGAAGGACUUACAGAGUGAGGAGUUACAGAGCGAGCAACCACAAUCACCGGAAGGCGAAAGCGAUUCAGCUUCUGGAAAAAACGCCGGUGCAGCCACCGAGGAGUGGAAAAGAGAAACGUACCGCGCUUGGCAUAGUUUGUGGGUAUUAAAUCUAGUAGCGUACGAGGCUAGCGACAUUUGGGAUUGGCUGAAGAACCACAAAGUCAGCAAUUUCAUGUUCCCCCCCUGGAAGGUUACCGAUGUGGGUGUGCUUCGGACAGCGGAAGUGGUCCCCAUGAGGUGGCGUGACCUCUCGCCGAGAUUUCAUGUGGAGCCAAGUAUGGAAUCAAACUCAGAAGCACUUAAUCAAGAAAAUGUAACGCGCGGAAACGUUGGGGUCCACACUGGGCCGGGAGAGGGGAGGGGGACAGAUGAGACAGGGGAGCUCUCUCCUCUUCGGACAAGACCUAGCGAAGGCAUGGGGCCUGGCGUUUCUUCAAGGGCCUACGAGGACGCGAUGAUAGCCGAUCAUUCUCCAGAAAGGCCUCCAAGGGUCAACUCUUCAGAAUUAGGCGAGGCGGGAAAACGACACACUGGCUCGUUUGGAGAAAAAUUCUCCACACUGCUCUCUACAGCCAGAUUUGAAGGGCAGGCCGAUUCUAGUAAGCCACAGGGAACGUUUGAUGUAGACGCUUCUAAAAGUGAAAAGGCCGGAGAAAGACAAGGGGAAGAGUUUCUGGCGGGACGCUUGAACAACACGGAAGGAGACGCGUUUAGCUCUUAUGAGGUUCCUGAGGGCUGUAUACCAUAUUUAACGGACAUGUCGCUUUUUAAAAAAUUCGGCUGGCCAAGUGGUCGCCUGGUAUCUGCUGGACCGUCAGGAGGAAAAAUGCUGGAUGAGGCUAGAAGCACUGCGGAAGAGUGGGUUGAUGGCUCUUGGAGACCGAAGAUCAUUGGCUCGAACGUCAAAUGCCUCCCAGUUGUGCAUCCUGACACGUGCGGUCUUACUGCAUCCUUCACUCGUGUCCAUGAAUCGCCUUGGGUGUGGCGGCUUGAGAGGGAUGAAAAUGCAAUGCCCUCACAACGAACAGACGACGUCGACUAUGCUGACAUUGUAUGGAUCUUCCGCGGCACUUUUGUUAGCAAGCAAUGGCUCCUGAACGGUAUGGGGGUCGCAGUACCGUACAAAACUUUGUCAAAGCGUGGGCAUUUUCACUAUGGACUCACAUACCUAUUUGACAAAGCGGUUCGUCCGUUGAUGGAGAAGUAUUUGGAGCGUCUUGAGAAUCAAAUCGUAGGCAGGAAGACUCCAUUGGUAGUUGUUUUUUCAGGGCACUCCUUGGGUGCAGCCAUCGCCGAAAUGAGUUCAUGGUACUUAGCAAAGCGAACUAAGACACUGGUGGAUAAGAAGAUGUUGCAGAUCCGCACGGUAGCCUUUGGGAGUCCUUCGUGGGGAGAUAAAAUAGCGUACGAAGACUUGCUGGCAUCGGGCGUUAAGGCGCAAGAAAUAAACAUGGACAUAGAUCCUGUUGCUGUGCUGUUCGGCGAGGAAGAGUUGACGAAGCUGUCACACAAGAAACCAUUCGUGAUGAAGUUGUAUGUUGAAGACAUGGACAAGGUAGAGGUUGCAUCGACGGUUCCAGGUGCGCCGCCGUUCAGCGGGAGGAUCUGGACAAGGCCUAUCUACAGACCGACUCCGAUCUUACAGCGGUUGGCUGCGAUGUUUUUCGACCUGGAAAAUGUCGACAUGUGGGCGCUGGAAGUGGAAAUGGUACUUGUCAAAGGGCUUCCCGUUGGUGAGAGCGACCACUGGUGCCAACUGGACAUGAGGAAAAGGCUCAGCUGUUCUGAAUGUGCAUACAAAGAACUGGCAGCAGCCCCUGGGGCACACAUUUGUUGGCCUAAGCUGUGGAUGCAUUUGGCGAAUGCGGAUCGGGUGUUGACGUUCACAGUGAAAAUUGCCUUUAAAACCGAUUAG